AGCUGAUGCGCGCCGGGCCGGCUGGGAGGCGCGAGUCCGAGACCCCGAGACCUGGAGACGCGGAGACGCCGAGGCUGAGCCGCCGGGCACCGCCGGCCGGAGCCCUGAGGACCCGGCAGAGGCAUCUUCACCGCGGAAGAAGCCUGGCCCGGAGACAGCGCGGGGGGCGCUGUGGCCGCACCGAUUGGGAAGGAGGACGAGGAGGAAGCGUUGCUGCGUGCCGGCGAAGAGGAAGCGCUCCACCCGGGCACCCGACGGCGCUCGUUUAACCACAUCCGCGCCUUCGCUGGAAAGGCUUAGGGGCGCCUGUCACCGGUUCCCUCCAUUUUGAAAGGGAAAAAGGCUCUCCCCUUCCCCUUCCCUUAGGAUCUGGAGCCGGAGGAGCCGCGUUGAUGGCGUUCAGCCCUUGGCAGAUCCUGUCCCCGGUUCAGUGGGCGAAAUGGACGUGGUCUGCGGUGCGCGGCGGGGGCUCCGGAGAGGACGAGGCCGGAGGGCCCGAGCGAGACCCCGAGGAGGAGGACUCGCAAGCCGAGACCAAAUCCUUGAGUUUCAGCUCGGAUUCUGAAGGUAAUUUUGAGACUCCUGAAGCUGAAACGCCGCCGAUCAGAUCGCCUCUCAAGGGAUCCUGUGAUUCAUCACUAGGAUUGACAGGGCCUGGGGCCAAAACCCAAGAAUCACAAGAAGAUGAUGAACAGUUGGUAGCAGAAGUGGUUGAAAAAUAUUCAUCUGAGACUUGCCCUAGACCCUCAGAAAAUGAGGUCCCACAGCAGGCCAUUGCUUCUCAUUCUGUCAAGGAUUUCAAAGAAGAACCUGAACAUGAUACUAGCAAAAUUUCCAUAGUGAGGCCAUUUUCAAUUGAAACCAAGAAUUCCACAGAUGUCCCAGCAGCUCUUGGAACAAAAACAGCUCAUGGCUUUGUAACUGCAGUCUUGGAGGAGGCUUUGCUCUCCAGAGCACCAGAAGCCAUCCAGGACAAGGCAAUGACAGAAGGCAACAUGGGGGUUACACUUGAGGCUUCCACAGAAACUGAUGUAAAGACUCUAAACUCCUGUUCAGAAUCAGUACCCAGCAGAAGCAAGCUAAGAAAGCCCAAGCCUGUGUCUCAGAGGAAGAAAACAAUUAGCGGAGAGUUCUCAGAAACUGAGACUAUGGUGGAGGGUACCCCUCUCCCCAAAGCACCCUAUCAGGUCAGUCUUGAUGAAUUGGAUGAGAACACAUAUUCUUCUUUGAUCGGAGGUGCUAGGAUCCAGAAACCUCCCACUGAGGUCAAAGAAACAUCAAGCACUCCCAGCAGUGACACCAAUGACUCGGGGGUUGAACUGCUGGAAGAGUCAAGGAGCUCACCUCUGAAACUUGAGUUUGACUUCACAGAAGAUGUGGAAAAUGUAGAGGCCAAGAAAGCUCUUCCAAGGAAACUUGGCAGGAAACUGGGGAACAAACUGACUCCCAAGGCACAGAAAGAUGGCAUCAGUAAACCAGUAGGUGGCAAAGGUGUAGAACAGCCUGCAGACAUCAAAGCAGAAGAUACUCCUGUCCUCCACACAUCUUCUAAGCUGGAUCCUAGUCAGUGGGAUAACCCCAACUUUAAUCCCUUUGGGGUUCACUCCACUCUGCAGAACUCCCCAUCCCUCUCCUCUAAGAGCUCCUAUCACUUUGACCCAGACAACUUUGAUGAGUCCAUGGAUCCCUUUAAACCAACUACAACUUUAACAUGCAACGACUUUCGUUCUACCACUGGUAAUCACGUUAAUGAAAUCUUAGAAUCACCCAAGAAGGCAAAGUCGCGUUUAAUAACGAGUGGCUGUAAGGUGAAGAAAUAUGAAACUCAGUCUCUUGCUUUGGAUCCAUGUUCUCAGGAUGAAGAAGCAGUGAUCUCCCAGAUUUCCGACAUUUCAAAUAGGGAUGGCCAUGCUACCGAUGAGGAGAAGCUGGCGUCCACUUCUUCUGGUCAGAAACUAGCCGGGCCUGAGGUGAAAGGUGAGCCAGAGGAAGACGUGGAGUACUUUGAAUGUUCCAAUGUUCCCGUGUCUACCAUAAAUCAUGCGUUUUCAUCCUCAGAAGCAGGCUUAGAGAAAGAGUCGUGCCAGAAGAUGGAAAAAGAUGAGCCUGCUGUGCCUGGUCUGGUGGAGUCCUCUGUGGAGAAGACACCUGUGUCUGUGGCCUGUGGAGAUGAGAGCCCCCUGGAUGGAAUCUGCCUCAGUGAAUCAGAUAAGACAGCCGUGCUCACCUUGAUAAGAGAAGAGAUAAUCACUAAAGAGAUUGAAGCAAAUGAAUGGAAGAAAAAAUACGAAGAGACCCGACAAGAAGUCCUGGAGAUGAGGAAAAUUGUGGCUGAAUAUGAAAAGACCAUUGCCCAAAUGAUUGAAGAUGAACAGCGGACAAAUAUGACCUCUCAGAAGAGCUUCCAACAACUGACCAUGGAGAAGGAGCAGGCCCUGGCGGACCUUAACUCUGUGGAAAGGUCCCUUUCUGAUCUCUUCAGGAGAUACGAGAACCUGAAAGGCGUCCUGGAAGGGUUCAAGAAGAAUGAAGAAGCCUUGAAAAAAUGUGCUCAGGACUACUUAGCCAGAGUUAAACAAGAGGAACAGCGAUAUCAGGCCCUGAAAAUCCAUGCAGAAGAGAAGCUAGACAAAGCCAAUGAAGAGAUUGCUCAGGUUCGAACAAAAGCAAAGGCUGAGAGUGCCGCUCUCCAUGCUGGACUCCGGAAAGAGCAGAUGAAGGUGGAGUCCCUGGAAAGGGCCCUUCAGCAGAAGAACCAAGAGAUCGAAGAAUUGACAAAAAUCUGUGAUGAGCUGAUUGCAAAGCUGGGAAAGACCGACUGAGUUUCCCGUUAGUCCAGCAGAUCUGCAUUCGGCUGCUUCCCUCGUGACCACAAGUAUUUUGCCUUAUCCAGGAGUAAUUGCCCCUUUGCAGAGAAAAAACUGAAAAAAAGCACAUCCUCCUGCUGCCUGUCCCGCUUUGCUGCCGGCACGACAGCCUGGAGAAUCCCUGAGUCCUGCAGAGUCAGGAAAGAAGGCAUCCGACAGUCUCAAGGCUCAAGUCCUAAGGCCCAGUUCAACAGGCUGCUGAGUUAGGAUUUGUGAUUUCUCCAUCUUUAGUCUGUUUUACAGUUGUUUCUAAUUUUCAAGGAUGUUAAAUUUGUGAUUUUGUGACUACUGUUUGGGAUCAUCUCCUUUCUGCACCAUCUUGGUUUUUUCUGUGUGUGACCUAUUAUUUAAUCUUUUGAAUUUAAUUUUCAACAUCCGUGGUUUUAUUUGAAGAGAUAAUUUGGCCUAUUGUUACCUCUAGUUUAUAACAAGAAGAGGUUCUGUGUACCAGUUUACACAUACACACACACACACACACAUUUAUAUAUGCUGCUUUUUUUUUUUUUUUACCCUGAAACAUAGUCAAAUAAGAAUUUCUCUCCGAAGAACAUACUCCCAUAAAUGUAAACCCCUGUUUUGAAAUAGAGUCCUGGCUCAGAAUUUGGGGGAUUGAAGAUGUAAAGACCCCGGGCUUGUGUCUUUCAUGGUUCAUAAGUCCAGACUCGGGUCAUGCAUGUCUGGGAAAGACUUUUUGCCAUAAUAUUUUGUUGCCCUAGUAUUUGGGUGCUCCUUCGCUUUGACAGGUAUGGAUGGCCCUUUUGGAAUUAGUCCUCAGCUGAAAGUAGUGUCUACUUUCUGCAUGAACAGCAGCAUGGGACUCCCUCAAAGCUGGGGUUUGGCCAGUCUGUCUAGAGCCAUGUGUCUCCUCUGCUUCCACUUGUUGAAACGAAAAUCAACAUUUAAUCUUUAUUAUCUUUCUAUUUAAAACAUGCAAAGAAAAUCUACUUGUAAAAGGCGUAGAUGAUCUCGUUUAAUUAAAAGGAAAGGUAACUGUAGGCCCAUUAGCAAUUAUAAGGUGAAGAAAGUUCUCGUUUUUGCUUUUUUCCUGCAAGUGUGAUAAAUUGUUCUCCAGAAGUUUUUUAAAAAGCAGAAAAUCCUUUAAAACUUAAAAUAGUGGGAUUUUUAACAAAACAAGCAGUAAAAAUCAUGCGAACUACUUCAAAAAUCAGUGUGUUUUAAAUAUCUUUAAACAAAGACAACUUGAAUUCUGGGAGCAGGGAGUAUAGGGAGAAGAUCCAUACUAACUAACUAACUAAACGAAGUUUCUCAAGCUCUUACUGGACUCAGUUCAGAACAGGGGCUGGGGAGGCCAUUGACACCAAAAUGACAAUUUUCCAUGUAAUUCCAGUGAAUUCCUUUCCAUGCAAGCAUUUUAAAGCACUCCUUUGUCUUAAUCUUAUACCCUGACAGUCUUCAUGGUGAUAUGCGCUAUAUUCACUACUACAUGUAAGUUUUCCUACUUUUCUGGUAAACCUUUUGCAUGAUCCAACUUCAGCAAUGAGUUGUGCCUAGUAGAGAACCUCUGUAAAUCUUAAAAAAAAAAAAAAAAAAGACUUUUUCUUUAGCAAUGUACUGUUCACAUGGGUGCAGUCUUUAGCCACAGGAAAGUCAAUGUCUUUUAAAGCCAGAAGUCAUGUUUUACCAAUAUGCGUUAAUCAUAAUUGGUGCUUAGGCUGUAUUUUAAAGCCUAUUGUCUUAACAUUUUGUACAAAAAAGAACAACAGAGAUUAUCUUUGGUUGAAGGAGUGACUUGACAAUCGUUUGGACUUUGAAAGCAGUUACUGUGGCUUGAUGUGAAUGCCAUACUAAUAGUUCUAGUGGCAGAUACAUAUGUCUGCAGCUGGUAUAACUGAUUUCCUCUUUCAGCCAUGGCCCUCAACUACUAGGGAAAUUAACUUUGCAGUCUGCAAAAACAUUACAAAACCUUUUUGCUGCUGUGUUUUGGUGACACGUCCAUGCUUACUUGUUUUAUAUUGUUCUGUUUUCAGCAUAAAAGACUUUUCAUGGUCUCCAUUAUAAAUCCAUAGUCUUUUUUUUCUUUAGGCUUAUUAUGUAUUAAAAAGGUAGCUAUGUGUUACAAUAAAGGUGACGACAGUCGUUUCCUAACACGCUGGUAGAGAGACCCUUAAAAUCCAGACCCUAGGGAAUGAAGUUGCUGAGCAAGGAAUACAAAAGGGUCCUUGUUAAGAAUAUUUGCCACUGGCCUCUCAGCCAUGACCAUUACAUGGAAAUGCUCUUAAUUUUAAUUUAAUAGAUGGAUACUUUCCAACAAGAAUGAAAAUGUAGCUUGUACAGCUGGCAAAUCAGGAAACUGUGCUAGCCAGAAUGAGGUAUGUUUGUUUAUUUCUCUUUAAAAAUAAGCAAAAAAAAAAAAACUUUUGAAA